GAAAUCUGGUUUUGUUGACUUAAUUGGUCUAUUUUGAUGAAUUCAUGUUGAAAUUCUGGAUAUGGAAUUAUAACAGGACAAUUGAACAGAGCAGGAGGAGAAUUUUUCUAAACAGUUUUGUGUUUGACAAUUAGUAACGGAUGUUGCUUUGGUUUUUACAUAUAUGAUUCUGCUAGUUUUUCAGAAUAUAAGAAUAUUUGUAGUGUGUGAUGUAAAGAGUAGAGUACCAGGCAGUUUUGCUUUGGUUUAGGUUAAAGUCUGUGUUUUCUAUGUUCGGUUUGUGGUUGAUGGCAAGUGUGAGUGAGAAUACACAAGUUUUUUUGUUACUUUCUUUUCGGUUUUACUUUUGCUCGAAAAACUUCAUGCUGUUUUUCAGGAACUAUCUAUUUUUGUUUUUAUAUCAGUGCGGUACAUCCAACUGCUUCUAGCUUUGCUUUUGUGUUUACAAUAUUUUUCACAUUUUCAUGUGGCAUGAAUAUGGUUUACUGAAUGGAACAAUUUGCUAUUCACAUCUUCAAAAGUGAUUUAGUGUUUUUCUUAUAACAGAUUUCUCUCCUUGUGAUGUGUGGAAUUCUUAUGUACAAAGUACUAGUAGUGUUGUAUGCGUAAGUAAAAGGAAUGGGGAGUUGCUGCUGUUGUUGCUCUUCUAGAGGAGUUGAAAAUAGUGCACCAGCAUAUUAUUAUAACCCAAGAGCUUCUGAAAGGCAUGUGCCUUUAUCUUCUCUCAAUGCUACUGCCUCUGCCCUCUCCUCCUGGUUGCUGGUUGACACAAAUCUGGAGGUAUCAGUUCCUGAUGCUUAUCAAUCUCCUCCUGCUCCAGUUCCAUUUGAUGCAGCUUUAGGACAUCCUCAAACUCCUUCCGCUUCCCAAGGAAAUCAUAACAGUAAGAGGGAUGAAGCAGUUCCUUUCAGCCCUCAAAAGACUUCUAUAAAAUCUGAUGAUGCAAAGGAAUUGGACUGCAAAGCGCAAGCUACUACUGGAAAUGAGUCAUCAAUGGGGCUAGAAGUAGAACUUUCAAAACCAGUUGAACCAAUUGUGUCUACGAAGGAGGAGGAAGAUUGUUGUCCAACCUGUUUGGAAGAGUAUGAUACAGAAAAUCCAAAAAUUAUCACAAAAUGCGAACAUCAUUUUCACCUGGCAUGUAUUCUUGAAUGGAUGGAAAGAAGUGAGACAUGUCCUGUGUGUGAUAAGGAAAUGAUAUUUGACUUGCCUAGUGAUUAGUUCCCUGGUGCUGGACUCAGUUUUGGCUGCUUGAAAUUAAGUUUUGUUGAAAAGGUUACAGCUUACCAAACCCAUCAGAAUUUCACUUUUUUUCUUUUUACUCCUCAUUUGCCAUCAUAUAUUUAGCGGCUGCUGCAGAUUUGGUUUUGGAUUCUUUUCCAUUCAUUUUAUAAGGGAGUCUUGCCAAUUUGUGAACAUAGUCUCUUUGUGCUUUCACCCCUUGGAACUUGAAACCUUUGAAAAUGGAUAGAUGAAGAGGAAGAAGAAAGAAGUACAGAAAAAGAAACACAGAAACAAGUUCGAUACCAUUUUAAAGUUUAAUUCUUGAUGGAGUAUCAGUAUGCAUUACCCUAGAUAUUUAGGAGGAAUACUAUACAGUCAUGCAGUUUUACAUUGCCUUGUUUGUGCAGAAACCUGCUAGUUUCCCAUAGCAACACAUGAACUCUUUCUUCUCGCAUACGUAUAUAAAUACAUACGUAAUAUAUAUAUAAUA